CGUCCUCCCAAUGCCUGGAUCAUGUAUCGUUCUGCCAUGCACAACGAUGCCAUCAGGCACCUCGAAAGAGAAGGCCGAUAUCAAGGUACAGGAGCGCCAGAAAUUUCCAGACUUUUGGGCAAGUGGUGGGCGGAACUUCCUGAUGCUGAAAGGAAGUUCUGGGAACAAAAGGCUGAGAAGGCGAAGAGGGAGCAUGAGAGGCUCCAUCCUGGUUAUAAAUAUGAUCCG